AGCUAUGAUAUAAUAAUAGUCAAAACCAUAAUUAAAUUUUUAACGUCUUCAAAUGACACAUGAUUUAUAAAAUAUUAAGAAUAAUGAACCGAUAUGUAACACAAGAAAUAAGUUAUUUUUUGGUGAGAGCAAAUCUUUGCGCUUAAUAUUUCCUUCAUCAAUUAUUAAAUACAUUAUUUCAUUCUGUAAAAUUCCUAUCUGGAUACAUGUAAUAUCAACUUUAUAACAAAACGAGAACGGAAGAGACAUUCGUAUUGGUUUCUAGGUAGAUGAAUAGAUCAUCUACAAAAAAGACAUCUCGACCACACGGACGCGUCUUUCUUUCUCUCUUGCGGUCGGUUAUUCAUGUAGGUCAGUGCGGUGUUGGUUGGUGUCGCAGUUGCAGCGCGCGGCGCGGGUGCAACGGGGUGCGGCGACGGCGCAGGGCGCAGGAACGGCGGUCGACGGCGGUGACACGACGGUCGGACGGGUGGAAGGGAAGGGGGGGAGGGGGACCAACCCAACGCUCUCUUUUGGGAGUCGUGCAAUCGGGACCGAUCGAGAAUGCUCGCGACCGCUGGCUGCUGCCGCGCGAGAAGAAGCGCGAGAGGGUGAUGGCGAGUGGCGAUGGUGUAGUGCUGCUGGGCGAUGGUGGUGACGACCGCGGACUGUUUUUCUACCGAUGGCUCUGUCCGAGGUGCAUAAUCUCGCCGCGAUUAUCGGCAGCAGCAGCAAUACUUUCGCCGUUGGCAAGGUGAGAUUUUGUGGCAGCCCCUCUCGCGUUUUUUUUUCCGUCUCUUUCCCAACGUAUCCGUAUCCCCGAAAGAUCUCGGUGGCUUUCUCUCGACUUGACGCAAAGGCACGAACGGUUUAUUGAGUUUAUUCCGUCUAGCUGCACCGGCCAGUUUACACUCUCUACACUCUCGAAAUGACAUAAAAUAACGAGAACGAGCGUGGUGUCAAUAUGCUGGAGGUGCCACGGAAGAUUCACUCUAGGGACGGUGUGCACGGCGUGGAAUACAGUCAUUGGGGCUAUGACUUAACGGGCUACGGCACGAAGAGAAACAUGAAUAUCGAAGACGAGGAUAGUCAAGAUUUAAACAACCCCAUGGUUAAUGACUUAGUAUCGAAGAUACUCGACGAGGACUCUAUUAUUGAUGCUUGUCACAACAACAGUUACAGCAGCGGAGGUGCUCCUUAUCAAACGUUAGACUUUGCCAGUUCCUGUGUCAACCAGAUCGCAGACAGUUCAGACACUUACCUGACCGAUGUCGACCACCUGGUCACUCGUUACCCUCUGUCCAGCAAGCUGCAUAAUUUUUAUAACAAUGCCAAGAGUAGCGAGUACCACCAUUCCAACAAUCUCUGCAACGAUCUGAAAACGUUGAAUUUCGGCACAUGUCUGCGACAGUCUGUGGAUCAGGGUAAUGUGUGUGGCAACAACAUUGUUGCGCCGAGCGCGUACUCAUCCUCCGAUCUGCGAUCAUCGCAUGUCGUGCAACACACCUCGAACGAUGGCAGCAUGUACACGACGAGCGGUACCAGCAACGUGCCGAUGUGCAACGACCUGCUGACGACCACGUGCGGGGCGAGUUAUGGUAAACAGGCAAGUGGCAACUGGACGGCGGAACCCCUGCUGACCGCCACGAUGCCGGGAGGAUGCCGGACCGAGCUGACCGGAAAUUACUCGCGCAUCUCGAGUUGCGCUAAACCGGAUCUCAAUUUCAACGUGGCCGCGUUAACCCCCCUGGCACUGGAUUCACCGAAUUCCGUUGCCAUUGGCGAGCUCAGCGAAUAUCACAACAACAGUAUGAGGCAGAGCGUGUCGUCGAACUCGUACGGUAACACCAUGGUCAACGCCAUGCACGAUAUGUACGGCGUUACCGGUAAUCCUAGUCAGGGUCCUGGCCCAUACAGGCCUAACUCGGCGAUGACCGACCUGAGCGUCGACUCCGGCUUCUUGUCGAACUCGCCACUGCAGCACUUCUCGCCCGCUUGCGAGACGGCUCUGCACACGGCCUGCUUCGGGAGCGGCAUGCAGCGCAACGGCAUCGGCGAUCACUACAAAGAUAUUCACGAUACCCACGGCAGAUUGAAUAUGGGUAUCGGGAUACCCAACGAGCAGAUUCAAUUCCUGCAAUCGCAGGCUCGUAGCUACAAAUUGGAUCAAUCUGUGGACCAAGAUUAUAAAAACCUGAUCGACUAUUAUCCUCCCGGUACAAACAACUUUGUCACGUCCUCGGCGAGCAACCUGGACACGAACGAGAACGUUUGCUACCCUGGUGACUGUAGAAUGGACAACAGUCUGCUGAAGAUGAUAAAUCCGAAGUCCAAGUCCAUCGAGACGACCAAGACGUACUCGCCGAUAGGAUUCCCGAAGAAUCUGAGCUCGCGCAACUUGUACGCCCAGCCUAUCGCCAAAUACGGCUGUCACAAUUAUCAACAGUACACUGCCAACAGUGGCGACACCCUCAAGAUACUGCAGCAACAAAAUUCCACGUACUAUCACAACGAUUUGAAGCCUAAGGUCAACACGACGGCAACGUACAAGCUCGAUGGAUUCGACCUGACCAAGGACAUUGCGUUCCCUGCAAGCGGUCACUUGACCGACCGCAUCGCGGGAUCCGCCUUGGACAAGGAUGCCUUCAAUCAGAUUUUGAAACAACGACAUCAUAUAUCGAAAUUACAGAGCAUUCCAGCUGGAAUCCCACCGCCCGAUAUUAUUUUCAAUUCUGGGAUGAUAUCGGGUACGAAUACCGUGAGAUCGGGAGCAGCAUUUCCGUCGGUGAUGCCGGUUCCCGUUCCGGUACCGGUUCAUCCCGUGCCACGGCUGUUCUCUGCGCUCUACGGUGGAAACUUGAGCUUUCGAAACGGUCCGGCCAGAAAGACAGGCCCCUCGAGCAUUCUGCACUUCAAUCUCGAGCAAACGUAUGAACAGUUCAAACAGUUGGAGAAGGAGCGCAAGAAAUGCGAGGCCGGACUGGCCGCGCAUUUCCCGGGGAAACGGGUAACCAGCGCGAACAACAUCCCUAUCCCACGCCUUCAGGGAAAUCCGUCAAGGGUGGAUCGUUUGAUUAUCGACUACUUGAGGGAACAUGCUCGUGUUAUCACGUUGAUAGCGAAGAUGGAACGCUUACGCGGGACCCAGAUGAACCAACGCGUGCACAAAGCUAUGGAAUAUUGGCUGGAAAGUAUCAAGUACGUUCAGGAAUGUCGCAAGCAGGAGAUUGCAAACGCUAUCAAGCGUCAGAAAGAGAAUCCGCAUUGCAUCUUGGCAUACGACGACAAUGAUAUUCUGACUUUGGCUGGAAGCGUCUAUGAAUUGACGAAGGCGUCGCGAUAUGCAAGGACCGGUAUGUACAAUGCGCUUCAAGCUACACUACUUUAUGACUUGGAGAUAGAGAAGAAAGUCGUUGAGACUUCUAAGGAUCCGGUGUUAGAGGCAAAGGUCUACAGCGAAAGUCAAACGAAAGACGGAACCAACGAUUACACAAGCAAUACUUAGCAAACUUGCGCUGAAUCUACUUGGUAUCGCUCAUCUUAAAGUACUAAAUCGAGAGAGUCCAGCAGCUUUUUACUUACGUACGUGUAUUACGUUUUUGAAAAGCUUUUGCUGGUAUUUACGAUUAAUUUUAAACUGUUGAAACAAAAUGCCGCCCAUUAAAUUCAAAAACUUUCACUCGCGAUACACGAGAUAACAUACAUACGAAUGUAUUAAAGCGUGUAAAACGGACAUUUGGGAAAAAAAAACGCGUGCGACUUUUUACAGGUUAUUAAUAACUCCAUAGUUUUCUACCGUACGUAUUUUAAUGCUUAACGACAGUGUGUAACCGACUUAGCUUUUCGAGAACACCGAUUUAGAUACGAGAGAGUUUCGCCUGAACUGCCUAUCCUUUAUCGGUUUAUCUUUGUCGCGUGUCAAACAAAAAAAAAAUCGCUUCUUUCCUCGGCGCUCGAAAUGGAAAUAAACCGAGAGCAGUGUCGAUCGUGUUUGAACCGGUGGUGAAGCAGCCGCUAGCUUUGAAAUCGUCGACGACUCCGAUUAACUCCGACAACAAGAACGAGAUUGCUCAGAUGUAUUACAUCCUUUAGAGAUAUGAUAUAGAAGAAGUCGUUCUUUGUACAAUUACUCGUUUAUAUACGUAUCCUAAGUUUAAACGAGAUAUAGAUAGGCAGAGAACGCCGAUGUACUCGUUCAAAAAUGUUCGGCAGUAACUCGUUAGAUUAGCUCAAUGUGGCCUUCCUUGAAUGUGUGACCCAUAAUGUGGUAGUAGAUGUUCCAGGAUUUGAAUAUUUCGCGAAGUGUAAGUGUGCGACGUUUAAUCGCAUGCAACACGAGCUUAUAUAUGUAUUCAGCUUUUAUAUAUAUUGUAUAUGUAAAAGCUGCAAUAUAUAUAUGUAUAUUAAAAUGUUGUUUACAUAUUAGUACUAAUGUCAGACUUUUCACUAUACUGAUAUCGCUCCGGAUGUAUUCUCACUUUACGAAUUUUACGAAUACAAAAAAAGAGAUACAUAUACGACACGCACAUACGCGAAGUAAUCGUCUACGUUGCAUCUACAGGUAUACGCACAAUGACAUCGAAUUACACCCGCACAAUAAAAAAAAAUUUUGCACAGUACAUACAUACGUAAUGUAUAUGUAUAUGUGUGUAUACACGUGUAAUAUACACAUAUACAUAAUGUUUAUUUUAUGUCAUUGCUGUGUGUGUUGCUGUUCCUGCUUCAUAACUCACUCUUAUUGUUAUUUUUGUAUCAGACGUAACACACAUCUCUGUGAGCGGAGCGACAAACAUAUCGCGAUAAAAUUGCGAACAAUCGGGUAACUCGUAACAGAUGCUAAUUAGUACCUAAAGUUUCUAUUGUCUGGCAUUUAAUUGUAUGAAAGAAUAACCGAGGUCAAUCAACUUUCGCGCGUGUGCUUCGAUUUCUCUUUCGUGAUAAUCGUGUUACCGUGAAGAGUCCAUUAUUUCAAAUUGUCUUACAUAUACUCUUCCAGAAUAUGGAUCUAAAAUAGUUUAGAAAAAUUAAGCUCACGUCAUGAAACUACAAUUUUUUUAAGUCAAUCGCACAUUCAUAUGGUUAUCCGAUCUCUAUUUUUCUUUGUGUCGAGAAAAUACGAAAAUUCACGCAUUUGAAAGAAGUACACGCGUGUUUUACGUCCGAAUAAUAAAAUCUAGCGUAAUUUACUGCACAUCGCGCGUAAAAAGCGCGUUAAAAGAAUACAGCAUAGAUAUGUGUUUGACAAUCCCUUUUAAACUGCAUGCGAUAUUAUUGCAAACUUAUGUGCAUGUAUGCACGCAUUCAUACACAAAAAUAUGCAUACAAACGCGUACACGUCUCAAUAUUUUGAAACUAGGAUGACCAAGUAUUGUGGCUGUGAAGUGGACAUGAGGCAAUAUCAUGUGUCCAAUAUGUAAUCAGGAUACCAAAACUAUAUUCGGAUAUGCUCGAUACAUGAAUGGAGAAAAAAUUAAAUUGGCAAAUAUUUCAAGUGUUUGAUUUUAAAUGUAAAAUUGCGUUUUAAAUGAGUUUUAUAAAUAAUUUAUGGUGAGACUUCUUUACUUUUGUUUUUGUUUUAAGCUGUUUAAUUGAUAUUUAUUAAAUUGAUAACAAUUUUGUGACUCAGUUUCGAUUGCUGUUAGUUAGAUUGUUGUGAAAGAAAUUUUAUGUGACGUUUUAAUUUGUUGCAAAUAAUUUAAUAAUUAAGAUAAUCAUUUUUAUUUAUUUUCAAAAUUAUUAAAUUAUUAAAAUUCAAGCUCAGCGAAUUUAUAUCGUUUUUAAUAUAUGUUCAUUAUUGAACUGAGAACUUAAGUAUUCUUCUCUGUACUAUUGAACCUCUAGGAUGGUAUUGGUUAUUCUUGUUUCAAGUAGGGGAUACGAUGUGUUGUAUAUGUAAAUGGCUAUUUUUUGAUCAACGGCAUUUAUAUUUUUAUUAUUUUUAUUAAAUACAAUUAUUUUCAUAAUCAGAAUAAUGUUGCCAUUAACUUUAAUAUUUUCUUUUUUCGUAGAAAAUUUUUUAUAUGCCAAUAGUAUUUUAAAAAUUUAUUGAAUUCUGGAAAAUGUGUCAAACAUGAUCUUAGUUGACAUUCUGAUAGAAGAGAAUGCCAUUAAUUGAAGACACUUCGCGUUGUGUAUGCGUACCUUUGUGUACGUGUGCUCGUUGCAGCAAUGCAGUAUAAGUGCGCCGCGUCCGUAUAUGUAAAUAAAGAAAGCGAUGUCAUAAUAAUAUAGCCGAAAAUAUGGCAGGAACUGACCAAUGUUCGAGGCGCGAGACUGUUAUAAGCUAUGUUACUAUAUACAUAUAUAUAUCAUAAAGAAACGACAUACAUGCAUAAAUAGACCAAACAUUUGUAUAAAUUUUCACUGCGGCAGUGGGUAAAGCUGCAAAUUAAUAGUUUGAGAUCGAGAAAGAGAAAGAAAUAGUUAAUUUCUCUAAUUACUUUUCUAAGAUUGACUCUUAGAAAAAUAAACUAAUUAAUUAGAGAUGCUAAUUACUUCCUGCAAUCUUAAACUAUUAAUUCUUGUCGAUCUAGGAAACAAAAUGCUUGUCUUAUAUGUAUAUAUGUCGUCGUGCAAAACUUAAAAAUGAUGCUUUUGCGGCGACGCACUUCUCGAGCACCCUCGUGAUAACGAUCGAUAUCGUUAUUCGAUAACGUUGUAUCGAAAACUCAUAUCUCUCGUCGUAGAAAAAAAAAUCGCGAAUCUCGUCCGCCAUUAAAUAUCGUGAAAGUAUUUCUCUAAAUGGCUUGUAAGAUUAGUGUUAAAUUGAUGGUAGUUACGGUCGAUACGUACUCGGAGCUAUCAACGCAUAGCUGAUCCGUAGUUAUUUUUCUAGUUAGUUUUUCUGUCCUACUUAAAGAGACUCAUGUCGUGAGACCGCUACUUGCGAUAUGUAUAAUUUGUUACUUGCGACUUUGCGUUUAUAUAGAUUAGCGGUUAUCGAUUUGACGCGCGACCACUUUGCCAUGUCUUGAAGUGGCAGAAGCUUUUGUAGACGAUCAGUAUUUAUAUACGUGGAAAACUAAGAUAUGUUGAUUAAUAUCUAAAGUUUUAAUGAGUUUGUUACUUUUUUUUUUAUCGAGUAAAGUUUGAUUUAAUUCUUUUUUUUUUACACGUUAUGUAAACUUUAUAUAGUUGACUUGUCGUAGUUACUUGAUGUUUUACUCGUUCAAUUGUUCCUAUAUAGAGAGGAUAUAGAGAAAUUCUAUGUACUAAACUAGUAUACUUGGCUAGUCGAGCGUAUGUAGUAUCGAGGUCCUUUCCGACUUACACUGUCUACGUCGUACUCUUUUGUUCUUCCUGAUAGCUAGGUACGCUGCUUUCCGACUCGCCUAUAAAGCGGCUUUAAGCCUCGGAUAAAGUAAAGCUGUAAAAUCGCAGGGCCUCGUACUAUGCUCAUUACGAAUUUACCAUUAUUAUGUGUUUCAGCGCGUAGUGUUAUUUAUUAUAUAUCAAUUUUACUAUUCGUUUGCUUUUAAAAUAUAUACAAUUUCGGGUACUCCUUUUGCAUUGACACUACGAUAUUGUACCUCGAAUUUAGUAAUAGCUAGAGAGACCAGCGUAGAUAUUCGAAGAAGCUUUUGUUCUGUCGAUAGAUAACAGGAAUAAAAAGCGAGAAACCAUGUCGCGACAAUGGUUUUCGUGCAAUCACCACGUGCUGAUUUUGCGCGUGUAUCGUAAUUUACAUGUAUUCGGCGUAGAGAGAACAAAAUGUGUAGGCAGGUAAUAUUGCGAGCAGCGAAACGAAAAUCGAAGUGUAAUGUUAUCAAAAUGUACAAGGGCUCCCAUUUUGACUGUAUUAUCUUUUGUAGGCCGAUGUAUAAUCAUUUCGAGACGAGUAAAAGUAUGCAAAAAAAAUUAUUCUUUACGUUUUAACGUUAACUAUUUUUUUUCUGCUCAACGCAACGAUUUUCACCGAAUAAGUCUUGUGUAUCACGUCUCUAAUUUGUAUAAAUUUUUAUCUCAGCAUAGCAGCUUUUUUUUUUAUAAUUAUAACAAUAUAAAUUAUAAUAAUCUGUAAGGCUAUUAUUGACUGCGUUUUGUUAAAAUAUUUUGUUUGCUUCUAACUUUGUUAAAGUUAGAAUACGCUUUAUUUUGAAACUAAUAAUUUAAGGAAAUGGACUGAUCGGAAGAUAAUAUAGUAAAAAACGGGAUGUACCGUAUACGUAUAAACGAAACACACAUACACACAAUAUAAAAUAUGUGUUGUUAUAUUAUAGAUUUAUAUGUAUGCGUGUUAUAGGAAUCGUUCUCGCGCUUUUCGCACAAUGAGGGGAAAGAGUGCAUUGGCCUGUACGUCGCGAUUUUGUGAUCGCCGAGCGAGAAUAUAAAUAUAUAAAGUAUUAACAGAGAUAUAUCGAGAGCUUCUUAGAUAAAGCUAGGGAACAAUAUGUACGGCUCUAUCUCGCUGUCUUUCUUUCUAUUUCAUUCUCUCCGCGAAGCCUCCGCGCGCGAAGAGGAGUAAUCGAGAUCUGAUACUGAAGCUCCGUAAAUGAUAUUCAAGCUCCGCCGUUAAUCGAAAAGAGAAAAAAAGUCCAGCACUCGUUUUCUCCCCGACCGUGUGGGAAAUCCAAAUGUGCGAAUUAGCGUGGAGCAAGGUAGAACGGAAUUCGUAGGCGCAAUUUGGAUAGAUCGUUCAUUAGACGCGUUUAUCGGCCCUAGAUGAGAACUCAGACUAGCGCGAAAUAAGCUCAGGUCACGAGAAGCUUCCUGAUGUUAUAGACACUUAACGAUGUUUAGACACUUAACUAUCGAAGAUUCGACGGCACGUUCGCCCCUCUGCCACGAGAUAAAUAAUUCUUCCCGUCGCGUUGUUCGUUGUUUUCUGUUUUUAUGUCGUAUGUACAUAUAGCCACGUAAGAGUGCCGAGGGUUCGGAGACCGAUCGGCAAUCUCGUUGAAUUUGGAGCUCGACCUCGUGGAGCGUUCGAGUCUUACAUUCGCUUGCGUUUUCUCUUUUCUCCUUACAAGUGAUAUCCACGGUACCGGAAAUCGAACUCCCCGGGAUCAUCACGGCGGUCUCCGAGACUCGGCAAAACCUGACCAGGGUCGGUGAUUAGGCAACCAGCGUAAUUUCUACUGAAAAUGAAAGCGUUUAGUUGUCACUCGGCCGUCUGUGAGGAAUGGUGCCGUCUUGCCGGCCGGUUUACUCGUAACACACAUCGCCGCUUAUUUUACAUGACAUGUACCGCAUAGAUAAGCAAUAGAAUCCACGCGAGAGGAGAGUAUAGUCGAGGACGUAGGCUCUCUCGCGUGGACAUCGUUUAGCCUCGUUCGUUCUUAGAGAUUACAUACGCGACUCGUAAGCCGUUUUACAUGUUUAGAGCUCGCGCUCGUAUCUCUCGAAAUGAUGCCACUUCUAAUUAUAGCGCGUUUAGGCUCACUGAAAAUCCUCGAUUAAACUCGUCGACGAGAGCGUUCGCAAUGCGGGUCACAUGGAUGUCGCCAUGAGGUACAAUCGGCAUCGGAAUGACGAGUUUUGCAUUAAAUGGAUAAACAUUUAUAAAACGAGAAUAAUGAUAAAUGUGUUUAUUAUAUUAAUUAUCUAAUAUUUCAAUAUUUUAUGUAUUAUUUAUUAUAUAAUAUUGGUAUCUUGGACACAUUCAACACAUUACAGUCACGCUUUCGUUUUCUGUAUACGCGAGAAUAGAUUAGUUACAAAUAGAAAGUUUCGACCGUUCUUAUAUCGAUUGUAUCAAUCGGAUGACUCCGAUGGGUUUAACUCCGCGUAUAUAGAGUUUGACAGAGUCGAAGAGCUUACGUUUCUCCAGCUUAGCACCGAGAAAAAAAAAAAAUAUUUCUUAAAGAACAAGGAUAAGCGCAAUUCAGAUAAUUUCAAUUGGACUCCGGUAAACCGAGCGUUUCAAAAGUCACUCGGUUCCAACAUCUGGAACAUACGAGUUCUUCGAUUCGUCUAAGGGUGUUACUCGCAAGUUGCUACUUACCUUACAUAUGACUAAUAAUCUACAGAUAUUCGCGUCCGUUAGAGUUUAAGAGUGAAACUUAUCGAUUAGAGUUCCUAACACUGUGCUAGAUAGUCGCGGACCCGGUGUUUUUCAACCGCGGUGACGUUGAAGCAACGAAUUAGCCGGGCGAUUACGCAUCUUAGCUUCACGCUCCCAACUUUACUAUAAUCUAGAAUCAACUUGGGGUGGGCCCGUUCGGGCUUAAUAUAGAUCAGCUUUAAUCUCGGCUUAUCCUACUGUCUUCUUACUGUCGUAGAAACGUAGAAAAAGAUAGUAAGUUAAACGAGAGAUCGAAGUCGAUCUAAAUUGAUUAUCUAGAAAUGAACACCGAGGCAGAGUUAAACCCAGUUGGAGCGAUCGCGUGGGCUUUCUUACGGCGUACGUCGGCGCCGGGGGAAGCGCGACACGAACAAGGGCGACAUCGAUCCUCCUCCCGCACGUGAAUUAAAUUUUAAAACUCAAGACAAUCGCGUCACUCCGCUUCUCAAGGCGUCGUGUGCGUUCAGGGUAAUAGGAGCAAAAUUAAAAGGGGGGGGGGGGGAAACAGGGAAAAGCGGGUUGAAUUGGCCUACGUCACGUCGACGAGAUCGAGCGGAGGUGCUCGGUUUGCGGACCAUUAAACAAAGGAUACUGUACAACGAUUACGCUACAAUAAUAUUUAAUGUACCUCUAGAUGGGAACGGGACAGAGCGAUGGGUCUCUCGAAUAUCAGUUCGCGUCUCCGCGUGUCUAAAGGCGUUCUAUAGAAUUUUAGUCACGUUCACGAAACGCAGACGAGAUCCCUCGCGCGUGGUCCCGGUAUAAAAAUACUUAGUAAUCGUUUCCCAUAUGUAUUUUAUUAUAGGACUCCGACGCAUUUUUGGUACGAAUUUAUCGGGAUGGUUUUGAUCCUAAAUCCCAUUUCCUUUCUCCUCGAAUACGUGCACCUUAGCCGCGAUCCGCGAGGAGGGGGGUUUUUCGGGCACCAAUUCGCGUGCGGCGCGAAAUCCCCCGGGAGGCGAUCGUCCUUCGUUCUACGAGAAAAAACUACGUUUAUAUUUUGUAUUUCGACGAAGGGACGUAAAGGACCCCUUUUUGUAAAACGGCUCGUCAAUCUCUUAUAACGACUCGCUCGAAAUCUCGCUCGUCGUCUUCGCUCAUUUCGCUUCCUCGCGUACGCAACGUAACAGAGAUGAUUUUUAGGCGCGACUAGGUAUACCCAAUAGAUCUUUAUCGUCGUCGUUCGCACUGGCUUUCUCGUGUUUCUCGCGUGAAAUUACAGGGAAUCUGCCGUAAUUCUGUAAUAAUCCGCCGCCGAGUUGCCACGAGCACGAGCGUGUUUUACUGCGAUUGUUAUUUUUAUAUUUAACCGUUAAGGAUUUUCUACAGCGAUUGAACGGUUAUACCUUCGCGACGAAUGGAAAAUUGAAUUUAAAAAAAGGGAAAAAAUACCAAAAAAAAAGGAAGGCGAAGCCGUGGAAAUUGGCCGACGUUUGUUUCUAUCAAUGUAGAUUAACUCCAAUUUUUUUAAAAUUUAUUUUUUAUCUUUCUCUAAUUCUUUCUCUCUCUCUCUAAGGGCUUAGAAUUAGAAUAAGAUAAAGAAAAAAUUAAAAAGCGAGAUUAAAGUUAAUCCAUAUUGCACACAGAAAAAUAUCAAUUCGACUGCGAAGAAAAGCGGUAACUUAAUUUUUCUUUUUUCUUUUUUAAUAAGCUACGAUUAUCUUUGACGAAGAAUAUCUUCACGAUAAUUUUCUUAAAAUACACUUGUGACAAAUUUAAUGAAAGGAAAGAAUUUGACGAAGUAUGUCAUAAAAUUUUAUUCACGAAAAAAAUUAUAAGUAAAUCGAAUUUUUGUUUUAACUCAAUAAUUUUACUAGGAUUCAAAAUAUAUUUUAUAAUUAAAUUUUAUGGCUAUAAUAAACUUACUGAGAUUUGUGAAUAUGUAAAAUAUUUGAAAUAACUAAUAUUUAUUUAAUUCAAGUAAUUUACAUUAUGAAAUAUUAAAAAAGUAUUCUUUGUAAAAGACAAUCUGUUUACUUAAAAGAAGAGAAAUCCUUUUUUUCAGCAUUAAACUGAUAUUUCUCUGCGGUAGGAAUGAAAUAACAUGGUAGACCCGCUGAUUCUUUUUUUUUACGCGUUACGGGCAUGCCUUAAGUGUGUCAACGUUAAUCGUGUCGACCGCGUGUUAGCAUCUUCGUGUUUUCGUCGUCAUCGUCGCCAUAACUGUUCACCUCUAUUCUCAACGCGACUCCAUCUUUCUAAUCCUCCAGCGACGGUUCUAUCAAUUCUUAAAUCAAUUCUCUCGUACACAUAUCGUAAAGAAGAAACACCGUGUUCUCAUCUCGAAGCUUAUACACUCGCAACGUCUGCGCGUUCCUCUCUCGCGUCUCGAAAAGACGUCGUCCCAGGAUCGCACGAUCGCUGAAUAUCACCUCCCUCCCUCGAGAAAUUCCGCAUCUCCUCCUGCCCUUUCCCUUCCCCCGCCGUUGGAAGCAAAUCUUUAAAACGGAAAUAUUUUCGUAACGCUUUAUUAGCUUCAUUCCGCACGUAUCGGCGUUACGGUGAAGCGCAAUAGAUUUUAAAUACGUAUACACGAUCGGCCGAUCUACCAAGAGCGAAUUCUCGAGGUUCUAUCCGCGAAACUUUAAUUAAUGCUUCUAGGCUGUGACUCGUAACCGAGAAAUCUAUCUCGCGCGUUAUUAUCGAAACAAAUGACAAUCCUUCCUCGAGCGAAAGUCGAAAAAAAAAAAAGAAAAA